AUGGUUCCCCUAACAACUUACGGGAAGUCCAUCGUUUAUCCGUAUGUGAAACUCGUAUUGACUCUGAUGUUUUUGGCAUCGCUUUUGUUGUCAUUAUAAAUGGAUUCCAGGGUUUCUGAAAUUAAGGAGCCUCGCCUUCUGAGGCGAUCGGUUAGGCAGUCAUCGGGUAACGUUAGAGCAUUGGAUUUUGAACUGACACCCAGGGGACCUCUGAAGAGGACCAGAAGAGGGAUGAAACCCCAAAGUCCUGUUAAAGCUGUCAAUGGGUCCAGAGAUGAGGAGUGUGACUCAGAGGAUGAAGUAUCCCCGAGCAAGAAGAGCCGGCUGGAGGAUGGAGGAGCAGAGGACAGCUGUGGUGAUGCGAAUGAGAUGGAGGUUCAGGAACCUGAUGAUGAUCAGGACACAGAUGAAGACCAGGGAAUGGAUAUUAUACAGCAGUCCUCUCAUGCCUCUCAUCAAGUACAAUCAAACAAAGGCGCCCUUGGAGAUAUGAAUUUAUCCCCGUGUGUUGUGCUCAAGGAGCUCCGCAGUCAUGCUGUAAAUAAAGAUGCAGGUUGGAUAAUACCUAAUAAAGGGCUGAAUGAACUCCGCAGUCGUGCUGUACAUGGAGAUGCAGAACGGAUAAGAACAAAGACAGCAAAAGGACCUGAAGCUCCCGCCAAGUCUUCCGCACAAAUCAGACCACCGGUAAACAGACGCGAUGUACCUUUCCCAAAGGUCACCAGCAUGGACGAGUACAGGAAGACGUUGGAAGCUAAGGCCAAAAGCACUGGUAUACCUGCAGUUAACCAUCACCAGAGUGUGUACCCAGCCUCGGAGAAAUCCUGCACAAGACAACGUGCGAAUAAUAUCCCAACACAAAAACAAACCGUUCAGCAGAAAAAACAAGUGAAAAACAAAUCACUUGCUAUCAAGAAAAGCACUGGAUAUUCCUGUAGCGGAUUCAUGUGGGGUUUAUUCCGUUUUAUUCUCGUGGCGCUGAUCGGUUCGGCCGUCUUAGUGGCAUGCAAGAUCAUCCCUGUAAUGAAGAAGAAUGCAGAUGGUAAAACGCACCCACCCAGGCCCGUAAAGCCGGAUAUUUUUGCAGAUCAGCUGUCUCUUCUUCAGGCUCAGUUCCCCAGUCAGCACUCUGAGUUGUGGAGGAGAAGCAAGAUCCACUUGGAGAAGCACCUGAAAACAGCGCAGCCCACAGAGCCGGUCAGUCUGAUCUUUACUGCCGGCCGCGGGGCUGAGAAGACCCUGUCCUGCCUGGCUCAGAGGCUGGCCUCCUCGUACUCCUCGGCCCUCAACGCCUCCGUCCUCCACAUCGACGGAGCCAGCAGAGCCAGCCACGACAGCGAUGAGGUGAAGCUGGACAUCGACAACCAGCUGCGAGCUGCGUUUGAAGGAGACAAACCCGCGGCCGUCAUUCAUCGCUUCGAGGAACUGCCUCCAGGCUCCACGCUCAUUUUUUAUCGCUACUGCGACCAUGAGAACGCCGCCUACAAGCGCGUGUUUUUGUUGUUUACUGUGCUGCUUCCUCAAGAUGAGAUCAUUGGGGACCAGAGUCUGAAGGAAGUGGAGGAGAUGGUGCUAGAGUACGUCAAGGAAAAGCUGAUUGGCUCCAGCAACGGCGCUUCUUUCAACGACAUGGACAUAGACAAGUUUGGGGGACUGUGGAGCCGCAUCUCCCAUCUCAUCUUACCUGUGGUGUCUGAGAAGGAAGUAGAGCAGAAAGGGUGCUGAAGACUCCAGCUGGUCAUCAACGAAGAAGUCCAGAAGAAUUCCAUUUUGGAUCAGCCUGAUUCUUCCUAGGACCGUACAUUAGCUGAGACAGAGAAGUAACUUGUAAAUAUAAUGUGUGGUGUUACAUUUCACAUGUAACCUUGAGUUCAAAUGUUUGAAGGUUGUUUUAAUCUCUCCGUCAGCAGUAUAAGGUUGAAGAACUGCUCAUGUUGUUCAGCACUGAGUUUUUACAAAUGUACAAGCUUUUGAAUAAGGAUAUGUACCAUCGUUUCAUUUCCCAAGUAGGUUAUGAAAUGCUCUCAUCCAGGUUUAGUACAAUAUGUUUGAUUGAUUUGUUUUCUCCUUGUUCUGUGUCAUUAAUUGUUUUAACAGCACUUUGUUCCACAGCUUUUUAACCCAUCU